CUUUGAUUCGAAAUGAUGGGAAGGUAGUGAGAGCAUCUCUCUUGGUCCGAUCUUAACUCAUUCACCCUCAUUUCUCACCACAUCUCGGAUCCAAUUCAUCUCUUUCCAUUUUCUCCAUCAUUUUUCAAUUCAUCUGGAAAAGCAGAAAAAAGCAAGAAUUAAGUGCUCUGAUCUGCUUUUCGAUGGAUGGUCUUUAAACUUCUCCACACUUUCCUGCUACGAAACAAAAAUGGUAGAGCAGCAGCAGAAUAAUAAUUAUACUCAAGAUGUUGAAGUAAAUGACGCCGCGUUGAAGUAGAUCGAUCACAGAAACUACCUAGAAAUUUCAUUUGAUUUUUUCUUUUUACUUUAUAUUUUUUAAAACGGGAUAUAAAAUUAGGUGGGAGUGGGAGGUACAGUUUUUUGAAUUUGAUACCAACAGCUACUACGUUCCAGUUACUUGACUUUUUUGAUUAAAGUAUUUGAAUAAGAGAAGUAUAAGUUUCUGAUUUUCCUGAAGAAGGAGAAGAGGAAAGAAAGGAUGGAGAGUUAUUUGAAUGAGAACUUUGGAGGUGUAUUAGCGAAGAACUCAUCUGAAGAAGCACUUCAAAGAUGGAGAAAACUAUGUGGAUUUGUCAAGAAUCCAAAACGAAGGUUUCGUUUCACUGCAAAUCUUUCAAAACGUUACGAAGCAGAAGCUAUGCGACGUACAAAUCAGGAAAAAUUGAGAGUUGCAGUUUUAGUGUCAAAAGCUGCUCUUCAGUUCAUUCAUGGUGUAACAUUUCCCACGGAAUACAUUGUCCCUGACGAUGUCAAAGCUGCAGGAUUUCAGAUUUGUGCAGAAGAACUGGGUUCAGUUGUUGAAGGCCAUGAUGUGAAGAAGUUAAAAGUGCAUGGUGGGGUGGAGGGUAUAGCAAACAAGCUUUGUACAUCAACCACCACUGGGCUAUCUGCAGAUGCAGAUUUGUUGGAUCGCAGGCAGGGCCUUUAUGGUAUCAACAAAUUCACUGAAAACCAAUUGAGAAGUUUCUGGGUAUUCGUAUGGGAAGCGCUGCAGGAUACAACUCUCAUCAUUCUUGCUUUUUGUGCUUUUGUAUCUCUGAUGGUUGGUAUAGCUACUGAAGGAUGGCCACAGGGAGCGCAUGACGGUCUUGGUAUUGUUGCAAGUAUUCUGUUGGUUGUAUUUGUUACUGCUACGAGUGACUAUCGACAAUCUCUACAGUUUAAGGAUUUGGACAAGGAAAAGAAGAAGAUUUCCAUGCAAGUUACAAGGAACGGAUACAGACAGAAGAUGUCAAUAUACGAUCUUCUCCCUGGUGAUAUAGUGCAUCUUGGGAUCGGAGACCAGGUCCCAGCAGAUGGGCUUUUUAUAUCUGGAUUUUCAUUGUCGAUUAAUGAAUCCAGUUUAACAGGAGAAGCCGAGCCUGUGAUGGUGAGUGCUGAUCAUCCUUUUCUGUUAUCUGGAACCAAAGUUCAAGAUGGAUCAUGCAAGAUGCUAGUGACUACAGUUGGGAUGAGAACCCAGUGGGGUAAAUUAAUGGCUACCCUCAGUGAAGGAGGAGAUGAUGAGACUCCCUUGCAGGUCAAACUGAAUGGUGUUGCCACCAUUAUUGGUAAGAUAGGCUUGUUCUUUGCUGUCGUGACCUUCGCGGUUUUGGUGCAGACCCUAUUUACCCGUAAGAUUAGAGAUGGAACCCAUUGGAGCUGGACUGGAGAUGAUGCAUUAGAAAUGCUGGAAUAUUUUGCCAUUGCAGUUACUAUUGUCGUGGUUGCAGUCCCUGAAGGGUUACCUUUGGCAGUGACUUUGAGCCUUGCAUUUGCUAUGAAGAAGAUGAUGAAUGAUAAAGCACUUGUCCGUCACCUUGCAGCUUGUGAGACUAUGGGGUCUGCAACAACUAUAUGCAGUGACAAAACUGGGACACUGACUACCAAUCAUAUGGCUGUUGUGAAAGCAUGCAUUUGUGGGAAUAUCAAGGAAAUAAACAGCCCAAGUGAGGCACUUAGUCUGUGCUCUGAAAUCCCUGAUGCUGCUGUAAAGACCCUUCUCCAAUCCAUAUUUACUAACACGGGUGGAGAAGUUGUGAUAAACCAAGAUGGAAAACAAGAAAUUUUGGGUUCACCCACCGAAACUGCUAUUUUGGAGUUUGGCUUGUCUCUUGGUGGAGACUUUCAGGCAGAACGUGGAGCAGCCAAAACUGUAAAAGUUGAACCCUUCAAUUCCGAGAAGAAAAGAAUGGGAGUAGUACUAGAGCUUCCUGAAGGAGGUCUCCGGGCCCAUUGUAAAGGUGCUUCAGAAAUAAUUUUGGCUGCAUGUGACAAGGUUAUAGACCCAAGAGGCGAAGUUGUUCCCCUUGAUGAAAUUACAAUCAACCGUCUCAAUGAUACUAUUGAGCAGUUUGCUGGUGAAGCUCUUCGUACUCUAUGCCUUGCUUAUAUGGAAAUGGGAACUGAUUAUUCCACCAAGGAUCCAAUUCCACUUAGAGGCUACACUUGCAUAGGCAUUGUUGGUAUCAAAGAUCCUGUUCGUCCUGGUGUCAAGGAAUCUGUUGCAAUCUGUAGAGCUGCUGGGAUCAUGGUGAGGAUGGUUACAGGAGACAACAUAACCACUGCAAAGGCAAUUGCAAGGGAAUGUGGGAUUUUGACUGAUGAUGGUAUUGCUAUUGAAGGUCCAGUAUUUAGGGAGAAGAGUUUGGAAGAAUUACAAAAACUAAUUCCGAAAAUUCAGGUGAUGGCUCGAUCUUCUCCCCUGGAUAAGCACAUGCUGGUAAGACAUCUAAGAACCACAUUCGGUGAAGUUGUUGCUGUGACUGGCGAUGGUACAAAUGACGCUCCAGCGCUUCAUGAAGCAGAUAUUGGACUUGCAAUGGGUAUUGCUGGAACUGAGGUGGCAAAGGAAAGUGCUGAUGUUAUCAUUUUAGAUGACAAUUUCUCCACAAUUGCUACAGUGGCCAAAUGGGGGCGUUCUGUUUACAUUAACAUUCAAAAGUUUGUACAGUUUCAGCUGACUGUUAACGUGGUUGCUCUAAUAGUUAAUUUCACUUCAGCUUGUUUGACUGGAAGUGCCCCUCUCACGGCUGUUCAAUUGCUAUGGGUCAACAUGAUCAUGGAUACACUUGGAGCACUUGCACUGGCCACUGAGCCUCCUAAUGAGGAACUAAUGAAGAGAACUCCAGUUGGAAGGACAGGCAAUUUUAUCAGUAAUGUGAUGUGGAGGAACAUCAUGGGGCAAUCUCUUUAUCAAUUUGCUGUAAUAUGGUAUCUCCAAGUCGCAGGAAAAACAGUAUUCAAUCUUGAUGGGCCUGAAUCUGAUCUGAUUCUGAAUACACUGAUAUUCAACUCAUUCGUCUUCUGCCAGGUUUUCAAUGAAAUAAGUUCAAGGGAGAUGGAAAAGAUUGACGUUUUUAAAGGCAUAUUGGAGAACUAUGUGUUUGUUGCUGUCCUCAGUUGCACUGUCGUGUUUCAGAUCAUUAUCAUUGAAUUCCUUGGUACAUUUGCAAACACCUCUCCUCUCACCUUAACACAAUGGUUCUUCAGUGUUUUCAUUGGAUUUCUAGGAAUGCCAAUUGCUGCUGUUGUCAAGAUGAUCCCUGUGGGAAUAUAAAAAACCAGGCAACGCAUGAAACAUCAGAAGUGCUUUCUGUCUCCUGUCUAUAGACGCCAUCAUUCUAUUAAAAGCCGUUUUCACUUGCAACGACGACAAGCUAAUGGAACUAAUGACUCCUCUAUAACCUGAAAUAGCAAGAUUGCAAAGCUGGGGUUGAUGAAGCUCCCUUUGUUGCUGCAAUACUCACGAUUUUUUGUAGGCAGCUUUCGGAUAUUUAUAGAAUUAUUACCAAAAAACAUAGGAUGGUGAAUAUGUGAGUUGUACACCAACCUUGCUUGGUUUUUUGAGUCAGGAGGGUGACAAUUUAACUGUUCCCCCAUUUCUUUUAGUUCUACAUUGAACAUUUUUAAGUGGGUCUAUGAGAUCCUUCUAAUGAUGUCUUUUUUAGUUGUCUUUGAAUUUCAGAAUUCUCUGCAAGUACGAUGCAUCCAUCUAAACCUAGGAAAAUCACAAAUGUGGGCUCCUAGCAUGGAGCUUUAUCUUUA